CCAGCAAAUCCAGCACGCCAUGCAUCUCCUAAUCUUUUUCCAGCCUUCGUAUUGCCUGUUGAUUGCCCUACUCUACAGAGUAUCUGUGAACACUUUUCUCAAUGGUUGACCGAUUGCUGUUGUGAGCUCGACGUGGCAGACCCUACAAGCUGGCGACAUAUGGAGCUGCUUGCUCAGGCCAUUGAAUUAGCCACACUUAUCUUGCCAUCAUCAUCAAUCAACCCAGAUGGGGUUGGCGGAGUUGAGGAUCUAGAGGGAGGUCAGCUUCUCCUUCAGAGCAAAUUUCUUGCGUUUGCUGACGACACAUUUAGGUCUGAGCCUGCUGCUUAG